AUGGAUGGCAACCUAUCUGAGCCUUUACUAGCCAAAACAAAACUAGACCAUGCCAGCUUCCUUAGCAGACUGACAUUUUCUUGGGUCAAUCCUCUCCUUAAGUUGGGAUCCUCAAAAGCAUUAGACCUCGAGGACAUCCCUUCUCUGGGUUCUGAAGAUGAAGCAAAUGUAGCAUACCAGAAGUUUUCUGAUGCAUUGGAGUCCCUGUUGAGGGAGAAGAGCUCAAGUAGUACAUCGAGGAACUUGGUUCUCAGAGCCAUGGCAAGAGUUUACAUGAAGGAAAAUGUAUGGAUAAUCAUUUGUGCAUUCCUCAGGACCAUUGCUGUUAUAGUUUCUCCUCUUAUACUCUAUGCUUUUGUGAACUAUUCAAAUAGUGACGAUGAAAGUCUCUCUGAAGGCUUCAUUAUAGUGGGGUAUCUAGUUCUUACCAAAGUAGUUGAAUCUUUGAGCCAGAGACAGUGGUAUUUCGACUCAAGGAGGUCUGGCAUGAGAAUGAGGUCAGCCUUGAUGGUUUCAGUCUAUCAAAAGCAGCUGAAGCUUUCUAGUUUGGGAAGGAAAAGGCACUCAGCAGGAGAGAUAGUGAAUUACAUAGCAGUAGACGCUUAUCGAAUGGGGGAGUUCCUUUGGUGGUUUCAUGUGACAUGGAGCUUUUCAUUGCAGCUAUUGCUUUCCAUUGUUGUACUUUAUCUGGUGGUGGGUGUUGGUGCUCUACCUGGUUUAGUUCCACUUAUCAUUUUCGGUCUUCUGAAUGUCCCAUUUGCUAAGGUAAUUCAGAAGUGUCAGUCCGAGUUCAUGGUAGCUCAGGAUGAGAGGCUUAGAGCCACUUCUGAGAUCUUAAAUAGCAUGAAAGUCAUUAAGUUACAAUCAUGGGAAGAGAAAUUCAAAAACUUGGUUGAUGCCCUUCGCGAAAGAGAGUUCAAACCAUUAGCUGAGGCACAAUUCCAAAAGGCUUUCGCAACUGUAUUGUUUUGGAUGUCACCAACCAUCAUCUCUUCAGUUAUUUUUCUAGGAUGCAUUUUAUUCAACAGUGCUCCUCUAAAUGCGACUACUAUAUUCACAAUUUUAGCAUCAUUGAAGAACAUGGGGGAACCUGUCAGGAUUAUACCAGAAGCUCUUUCAGUUAUGAUACAAGUCAAGGUCUCAUUUGAUCGGCUGAAUGUUUUUCUGCUUGAUGAUGAGCUAAAGGAUAGUGAAAAAUGGAAAGCCCCAUCACAGAAUUCAGAUGAGAGCUUACAAAUAGUAAGUGGCACGUUCAGCUGGAAUCCUGAACUAACAACAAUCCCAACUCUGAGAAAUGUGAAUUUGGAAGUAAAAUGGGAGCAGAAAAUAGCAGUUUGUGGACCAGUUGGUGCUGGAAAAUCAUCACUUUUGCAUGCUAUACUUGGAGAGAUGCCCAAAAUGUCAGGAAUGGUUCAUAUAUUUGGAAGCAUAGCCUAUGUAUCUCAGAUUCCUUGGAUACAAAGUGGGACGGUUCGUGAUAACAUACUCUACGGCAAGCCAAUGGAGAAGAACAGAUAUGAGAAGGCCAUAAAAGCUUGUGCUUUGGAUAAGGAUAUUACUAGCUUUGAUCAUGGUGAUCUUACUGAAAUAGGGCAGAGGGGACUUAACAUGAGUGGAGGACAGAAGCAACGGAUUCAGCUAGCUCGAGCUGUCUAUAAUGAUGCCGAUAUCUAUCUCCUUGAUGAUCCCUUUAGUGCAGUGGAUGCAAAUACAGCUGCAAUUCUAUUUCAUGACUGUGUCAUGUCUGCUCUAGCAAAGAAAACUGUAAUUCUGGUGACUCAUCAAGUUGAAUUUCUAUCACAAGUUGACAAGAUUAUGGUAAUUGAGGAUGGACAAAUUACUCAAUCUGGAAGCUACGAGAGUCUCUUGACAGCAGGAACUGCAUUUGAGAAGCUUGUGAAUGCGCACAAUGAUGCAGUAACAACAUUAGGUCCUUCAAACUAUCAAGAAGAAGAAUUUGAAAAGGAAGAUGUGAUCCAGCCAGAGUAUUAUGGGAGUAACAGUGGUGCACCUGUAGUGCAGCUAACAGAAGAAGAAGAGAAGGUGAUUGGUGAUGUGGGAUUAAAGCCCUUUUGGGAUUACAUUUAUCUUUCCAAGGCAACACUUCUUCUAUGCUUAGGCACAAUAGCACAGAUUAGUUUUCUUGGUCUUCAGGUUGCCUCAACUUUGUGGCUAGCUCUAGCCAUUCAAAUUUCUACAAUAACAAACGGUAUACUCAUCGGAGUUUAUACUGCAAUAUCCACACUUAGUCUUGUCUUUGUAUAUCUAAGGUCCUACUUCUCAGCCCUUAUGGGAUUGAAGGCUUCUAGAGCAUUUUUCUCUAGUUUCACAGAUGCUAUCUUCAAGGCUCCCAUGCUCUUCUUCGACUCAACUCCUGUCGGACGAAUUUUGACACGAGCUUCAUCAGAUUUUAACAUAUUAGAUCUUGACAUACCUUUCACUGCUAUCUAUGUGAUGACUUCUGGUACUGAACUGCUGACAGUGAUUGUAAUGAUGGGUUAUGUCACAUGGGAAGUUGUCAUUGUAGCCAUUUUAGCCUUUGUUGCUGCACAAUAUGUUCAGAGAUACUAUCUAACCUCUGCAAGGGAGCUGAUAAGAAUAAAUGGAACAACAAAAGCUCCUGUAAUAAAUUAUACAGCUGAGACAUCACUUGGAGUGGUCACUAUAAGAGCUUUUGGAAUGGCUGACAGGUUCUUCCUCAACUUCCUAAAGCUAGUUGACACAGAUGCAAGUCUCUUCUUUUACUCCAAUGCAACCUUGGAGUGGUUACUUUUGAGAGCAGAAGCACUUCAAAAUGUGACCCUUUUCACAGCAGCUUUUCUUCUCAUUCUACUUCCCAAGGGUUAUGUUUCUCCAGGGCUUGUGGGACUCGCUCUUUCAUAUGCUUUGACAUUAACAACGACGCAACUCUAUCAGACUCGAUGGUAUUGCAAUUUAUCUAACCACAUCAUCUCAGUCGAAAGAAUAAAACAAUUCAUGCAGAUUUCUCCAGAGCCUCCAGCAAUUGUAGAGGACAAGAGGCCGCCGAGUUCAUGGCCAUUCAAGGGUAGGAUCGAGCUGUAUUCUCUGAAUAUAAAAUACCGUGAGAACGCUCCACUCGUUCUCAAGGGAAUCACAUGCACAUUCAAGGAAGGAACUAGAGUAGGAGUUGUGGGAAGGACAGGAAGUGGGAAAACUACACUCAUUAGUGCUUUGUUUCGAUUAGUAGAGCCAAGCAGUGGUAGCAUUGUUAUAGAUGGAAUUGACAUCUGCUCUAUUGGUCUAAAAGAUUUGAGAAUGAAGCUCAGCAUCAUCCCUCAAGAACCGGUUCUUUUUAGAGGUAGCAUUCGAACCAACUUGGAUCCUCUAGGCCUGUACUCUGAUGAUGAAAUAUGGACGGCACUAGAGAAGUGUCAGCUUAAGGCAACAGUCAGCAGCCUACCUAAUCUACUAGACUCAUCUGUGAGUGAUGAAGGGGGAAAUUGGAGUGCCGGGCAACGCCAGCUGUUUUGCCUUGGAAGAGUGCUUCUUAAGAGGAACAGAAUUCUAGUUCUAGAUGAGGCUACUGCUUCCAUUGAUUCUGCAACAGAUGCCAUUCUUCAAAGAAUAAUCAGGCUAGAAUUUGCAGAAUGCACAGUGAUAACUGUUGCUCAUAGAGUUCCAACAGUUAUAGACAGCAACAUGGUCAUGGUCCUCUCCUAUGGGAAGCUGGUGGAGUAUGAUGAACCCUCAAAGCUCUUGGAUACCAAUUCCUACUUCUCUAAGCUUGUAGCUGAGUAUUGGUCAAGCUGCCAUAGAAACUAAUGCCCAAAUGCCAACAACCCCACCUAUAUAUCUAGAGAAUUGUUUUCUCCAUCCAUCUUUUUUUUGUUAGGACAGUUUUCUCCAUCCAUCUUGAUGCAUGAUUUCUGGUCAAAACUGAAGCUUAAUUUCUAUAUAUCUGAAU